CCCUGACCCCCGACCCCCGCCGGCCGGCUACCCGCCCCAGCCCCGGAGGGAGCUCAUGGGAGUAUGAAGGAGAUGGUAGGAGGCUGCUGCGUAUGUUCGGACGAGAGGGGCUGGGCCGAGAACCCGCUGGUCUACUGUGAUGGGCACGCGUGCAGCGUGGCUGUCCACCAAGCUUGCUAUGGCAUCGUCCAGGUGCCAACGGGACCCUGGUUCUGCCGGAAAUGUGAAUCUCAGGAGCGAGCAGCCAGGGUGAGGUGUGAGCUGUGCCCACACAAAGACGGGGCAUUGAAGAGGACCGACAAUGGAGGUUGGGCCCACGUGGUGUGUGCCCUCUACAUCCCCGAGGUGCAGUUUGCCAACGUGCUCACCAUGGAGCCCAUCGUGCUGCAGUACGUGCCUCACGACCGCUUCAACAAGACGUGUUACAUCUGCGAGGAGCAGGGCCGGGAGAGCAAGGCAGCCUCGGGAGCCUGCAUGACUUGUAACCGCCACGGAUGUCGACAGGCUUUCCACGUCACCUGUGCCCAAAUGGCAGGCCUGCUCUGUGAGGAAGAAGUGCUGGAGGUGGACAACGUCAAGUACUGCGGCUACUGCAAAUACCACUUCAGCAAGAUGAAGACCUCCCGGCACAGCAGCGGGGGAGGCGGAGGAGCAGGGGGAGGCAGCGGUGGUGGCUCAGGGGGCGGUGGCAGUGGCUUCAUCACGGGCCGGAGGAGCCGGUCAGCCUCACCAUCCACCCAGCAAGAGAAGCACCCUUCCCACCACGAGAGGGGACAGAAGAAGAGUCGAAAGGACAAGGAACGCCUUAAACAGAAGCACAAGAAGCGGCCUGAGUCACCCCCCAGCAUCCUCAGCCCACCUGUGGUCCCCACUGCCGACAAGGUCUCCUCCUCUGCUUCCUCUUCCUCCCACCACGAGGCCAGCACUCAGGAGACCUCUGAGAGCAACAGGGACUCGAAGGGGAAAAAGUCUUCCAGCCAUAGCCUGAGUCACAAGGGGAAGAAGCUGAGCAGUGGGAAAGGUGUGAGCAGUUUCACCUCCACCUCCUCCUCCUCUUCCUCCUCCUCUUCCUCCUCUGGGGGGCCCUUCCAGCCUGCAGUGUCGUCCCUGCAGAGCUCCCCCGACUUCUCUGCCUUCCCCAAGCUGGAACAGCCAGAGGAGGACAAGUACUCCAAGCCCACAGCCCCCACCCCUUCGGCUCCCCCCUCCCCCUCAGCCCCUGAGCCCCCCAAGGCUGACCUCUUUGAGCAGAAGGUGGUCUUCUCCGGCUUCGGGCCCAUCAUGCGCUUCUCCACCACCACCUCCAGCUCAGGCCGGGCCCGGGCACCGUCUCCCGGGGACUAUAAGUCUCCCCACGUGUCAGGGUCCGGGACCUCAGCAGGCACCCACAAGCGGAUGCCCACACUGAGCGCCGCCUCUGCGCCGGCUGAGGAGACCCCUGAGGCAGGCCUGAAGGAGAAGAAGCACAAAGCCAGCAAGAGGAGCCGGCACGGGCCAGGCCGCCCCAAGGGCAGCCGGACCGAGGAGGGCGUCGGGGCCCCACCCGCCCCCUCCCUGCCUGGUGCCCAGCUGGCUGGCUUUACUGCCACCGCUGCCUCGCCCUUCUCAGGAGGGUCCCUGGUCAGCUCCGGCCUCGGUGGUCUGGCCUCCCGCACCUUUGGGCCUUCCGGGAGCCUGCCCAGCCUGAGCCUGGAGUCCCCCCUGCUAGGGGCAGGCAUCUACACCAGUAAUAAGGACCCCAUCUCCCACGGUGGUGGGAUGCUACGAGCGGUCUGCAGCACCCCCCUGUCUUCCAGCCUGCUGGGGCCCCCAGGGACCUCCGCCUUGCCCCGGCUCAGCCGCUCCCCAUUCACCAGCACCCUCCCCUCCUCUUCUGCUUCUAUCUCCACCACUCAGGUGUUUUCUCUGGCUGGCUCUACCUUCAGCCUCCCUUCUGCCCACAUCUUUGGAACCCCUAUGGGUGUCGUUAACCCCCUCCUUACCCAAGCCGAGAGCAGCCACACAGAGCCAGACCUGGAGGACUGCAGUUUCCGGUGUCGGGGGACCUCCCCCCAGGAGAGUCUGUCUUCCAUGUCCCCCAUCAGCAGCCUCCCCGCGCUCUUCGACCAGACGGCGUCCGCACCCUGUGUGGGCGGCCAGUUAGACCCAACGGCCCCCGGAACAACCAACAUGGAGCAGCUGCUGGAAAAGCAGGGCGACGGCGAGGCCGGCGUCAACAUCGUGGAGAUGCUGAAGGCGCUGCACGCUCUGCAAAAGGAAAAUCAGCGGCUUCAGGAGCAGAUCCUGAGCCUAACGGCCAAGAAGGAGCGGCUGCAGAUUCUCAACGUGCAGCUCUCUGUGCCCUUCCCCGCCCUGCCUGCCGUCCUGCCCGCCGCCAAUGGCCCUGUCCCCGGACCCUAUGGCCUGCCUCCCCAAGCCGGCAGCAGCGAUUCCUUGAGCACCAGCAAGAGCCCCCCAGGGAAGAACAGUCUCGGCCUGGACAACUCCCUGUCCACGUCCUCCGAGGACCCACACUCAGGCUGCCCCAGCCGCAGCAGCUCGUCGCUGUCCUUCCACAGCACGCCCCCACCGCUGCCCCUGCUCCAGCAGAGCCCCGCCACUCUGCCCCUGGCCCUGCCCGGGGCCCCUGCCCCGCUCCCGCCCCAGCCGCAGAACGGGCUGGGCCGGGCACCGGGGGCAGUGGGGCUGGGGGCUAUGCCCAUGGCUGAGGGGCUGUUGGGGGGGCUGGCGGGCAGCGGGGCGCUGCCCCUCAAUGGGCUCCUGGGAGGGUUGAACGGGGCUGCUGCCCCCAACCCUGCAGGCUUGAGCCAGGCUGGUGGGGCCCCCACGCUGCAGCUGCCAGGUUGUCUCAACAGCCUAACCGAGCAGCAGAGACACCUCCUGCAGCAACAAGAGCAGCAGCUCCAGCAGCUCCAGCAGCUCCUUGCCUCCCCACAGCUGACCCCGGAACACCAGACCGUUGUCUACCAAAUGAUCCAGCAGAUCCAGCAGAAGCGGGAGCUGCAGCGGCUGCAGAUGGCCGGGGGCUCCCAGCUGCCCAUGGCCAGCCUGCUAGCAGGGAGCUCCACCCCGCUGCUGUCCGCUGGCACUCCUGGCCUGCUGCCCACGGCGUCUGCCCCACCCCUGCUGCCCGCAGGAGCCCUGGUGGCUCCCUCCCUCGGCAACAACACCAGUCUCAUGGCCGCAGCAGCUGCAGCCGCAGCAGUAGCCGCAGCGGGCGGCCCUCCAGUCCUGACUGCUCAGACCAACCCCUUCCUCAGCCUGUCCGGGGCGGACAGCAGUGGCAGUGGCCCCAAAGGAGGGACCGCUGACAAAGGAGCCUCAGCCAACCAGGAAAAAGGCUAACUCUACCCACACCCCUCCUGACCCCUACAGUGAAGGGGCAGACCUGGUCUGAGGGGACCCUAGCCUGGAGCAGGCACCUGCGCCCAGACACUGGAGAGUCCUGCCCCAGAGCACGUGCCGAGACCUGGGGAGUGUGGGGUGCACCUGGUCCUGACGACCGAGACCGAGAGGGGGCGCCGUCCAUUUUGCCCCCCUACCCCUCUGCCCUCACCCUUUGUGGGGAGCUCAGAGGGAGGACAGGCUCCAAGCCCGCCUACUCUCAGCCAAUGUAGCCAAUGUGCUGAGAUCCUCCGCAGAGCAGCAUGGGCCGUGGCGUGAGUGGGGGGUGGGUUGGGCCCCCCCCACAUAAAACGGAUCAGCACUUGAGUGGGAGAAGCGGAGGACAGGCCCUGGGCCUGCCCCUGCGCAGAAACCUGUUGUGGGAGAUGCGGUGGCCCUACUGUACCUGCGGCGCCUGCCCAGCGUGGGCAGACGGCAGGAGGGACCCCCGGGCUGUUUCUUACCAGUCCCCUUCCCCCCAGCGAGGGUCACAAGCUGAGCUUGUAAAAGCCCACAGACUGGGGGGCUGAGGAAGGGGCAGGAUGGCCUCGAAUGCAGUCCAAGCCUCCCCACCUCUGCGGGGGGAGGGGCCCGGUGAUGGAUUGGGGGAGGGCAGGGAGGGCGAGGCCCAGCUCCUGGGCGCCCUGCCCCUUUUUGCACUAUUGGAUUUAGGAGUGCCGAGGGUGGGGAGAUGGAGCUAGCUGCCUGACUCAGAGAGCUUGCUUGUGUGUGUGUGUGUGUGUGUCUGUCUGUCUGUCUGUCAAGUCUGUCAAGUCUGUCUGUCUGUCUCUCUGUCUCCCCCUCCACCCGGGGCAGCCAAGGGCAGGGAUGGGAGCAGCGCUCAGAGGGUGGUCUCCCAGCUCUCGUUUGCACCCUCCCCACCUCCCCACCUUGGGUCCCUUCUCGGGGCGUGGAUGGUUCACAAAAGCAGAACAGUACUCCAGUGUCGGAGAGUGACUGGGGGCUGAGGGCUUUGAAUCAGGGUAAUGUCCUGCCUCCCCUUCCCCAGGCCCCAUAUGGUCUCAGCGGCCCCUCCGAGUUCCUCCUCCCCCACUGGUAGCUGGUCCUGCUUCCCUGGCACAGGGGGAGCCCCAGGGAUUGGGGUACAGGGCAAGGGAGGGCAAAGUCACUUCCCAUAGGGAAGACCUCCCUCCCAGAAUUAGACCACCUGCUUCCCACACCUUACCCCCAGCCCCCAGGGGAGACUAAAGCUUACGCUGACCUAACAACCAUCCCUUCACCCACCAGCGAUUUCCCCCAGGAUAUAGUGGGCAACACUUUAAUUCUCACCUUAAGAAGUCCCCACCCACCCAGAGCCUUUGGUGGCAAAGGCCUGGGGGCCAGAGGGGCGGCCAGGAGCGGGGCAGGGUUGCGUCUGUUUCGGUUGCACUGGGGCCGGCGCCGGGAGGAGGCGCUGCCCGCUCUCCCGGUGCUCCUGUCUCGUCAGUCUCUUUGCAUGUGUGGGUUGUGUGUGUGUGUGUGUGUUUCUGUUUGGAUUUUUGUUGUUGUUGGGUUUUUUUUUUUAAUAAAGAAAAGAAGAUGUGUAUAUUUUUGGCAAUGACAGAAACGUAGUGCAGAUAUAUUUUUGCCUGUGCUGCUCAACUGGUUUUUUUCUGAUAACUGAAAAUAAUAUUAAUAUGACUGUUGAUAAGACUUUGUAAGAUGUUAGGGGACUGGUAAUGGGGGGUGGGAAUCCUUCGGAGGCAAUUUCUUAGGCACUUGCAAGGGCUUGGCGGGCGGGUAGGGGAGGCAGUUGUGAUGACCUCAAAAAUACUCACUUUUUAUUAAUGCUAAAUAUCAGUUAGGAAGAAAUGAUAGAAUUCAGCAUUUUAUUAAUCUUCAUCUAUUAAGCUAUCUAACUCCCUGCCCCCAAAUCACUGAAAGAAAGAAAAAAAAAAAACCUUCAGAAAUCCUUAGAAGAGCUGUUCACUCACACCCAUGGCCUUGCCCGAGACCCACCGCCCCCUUGGAGCUGAAGUCGGCUUCUGGAAGUGCAUCUGCCCCGAGGCUGCUGCGGCAGAGAGCGGGAGGUCCACAUGAUUGAGUGCACUGGAAACCGAGACCUCCUCCCCUGUCCCAGCACCUGAGAGCCUGGGGUUCUCCUCUCCGCAGUCCGUGUUGUCCAGCUUCCCCCAGGCUGGGAGCAGCAGCAGGCAGGCGAGAUUUGAGGACGGGACCUAGGCUAGGUAAGGAGUGAUGCUGUCCCUGGGGUGGGGGUGGGGCAGGAGAGAGGCAGUCCCUUCUCAUCUUUUAGGGAGCUUUGUAAUAAGAAAGGUCUGGAGGUCUUCCGGAAGGAGCAGGGUCCCAGUGGGGGCGAAAUGGCUACAUGGAUCUAACCUGCCUCUCCCAGGCUCAGUCCCCUUUUCCAGGAUGAAUGUGGACGAGGUGUGGGAAGGGGUGCAGGGGUGGAGACCGCUCUGUCUAGGGGAGGGAAGGGUGUGGUCUGCAGGGCGGAAGUGAAGUUUGAGAGCCUCAUGUGUCCCCACCCUCAACGUGGAAAUGUGAGUGGAGUGUGUGUGCAGAGCCUCGGUCUGGCCUCGAGGUCACAGCUGGUGCAUGAGUGUCAGGUGAUACCUUCACACUGAGGAGGGGCAGGGGCUCAGGAAGAGCCAGGGCCACCCUGGGGACCCUGGCCUUCUGGUCCUCUGUUUGCCCCCUCCACUGCACCACCUCGGUGUGGGUGUGGCUGUGUGUGUGUGUGUGUGUGUGUGUGUGUGUGUGUGUGUGUGGCGUGAGUACAGGGGUGUGCCCAGGGUGGGAGGGUAUCUAGCACUGACUGUCUCAGCUCAGAGCUGAUGGGUCCUCUCCAUAGACAAUGCCACUUUAAAGGAUGCUUUUUAAAAGUGUUUCCUGUGUGUGAGUUUUCCCCUCAGGCUCCUGGGUCUUGCGCUGCCUCCAGGUGCCCUUACUUUGAAGCCGCUGAGAGCACCCCUGCCCUUCUUGCUCUGAGUUCUGGGGAGUUCUCCUAGGGAGGGCCUAGACAAAUGAGGGGAGAGAGCCAGAGGCCAGCUCGAGAAAGGAUCAUCUUCAUCCUUCCCUUUCCCAAGCUGGAAAAGCAGACACAUUUUCAAAGGCACAAUCUACCUACCCCCCGCUGCCAGCUGCCAGCAUCUUCUUUGGUGUGCAGCAGGCCAGAGUUAGGGGUAGGCAGCCUACUCCCAGUUCCCCUGGGGAAGAGCCUGUUUUCCUGGGGAGAGGUGUCUGGGGGGAUGAAAGUCCUUUCUGUUGGGAAAUGGAUGGCAGGUGGGGCCCAGGGGCUUGGUUCCCGCCAGUCACAUCCAUCAGACCAAAAAUGUCUAGCUCCUGACCGCCGCUCUGACUCAAUCUCCCAAAAAGUUGGGGGCAGAGGGGUGCCUUCAUUGCCCUUUGUUUGCUUUCUCCAGCCCAGCUUGGGACUGGGUGGCAGGGCAGGAGACCCAAACCCUGGCCCGCCCACCCGCUUUCCAUCCCAGCCGGUCUCAAUGUAGCGGACCCCCCUAGGGGAGCAGGGAGGGGAAGCCAUGGUUUGCAAACCCAGGGCUCCUUUAUCAUUCUUUCUAAAACCUCCUUUCUAUCCUCAGCCCAAAAGGCAAUACCCGCCCCGCCCCCGCAACCUCUAAGCCUGGAAUUGUGCAUAACCCGGAUCUUGUAUCUUUGUAUAACGGAUGUUAUUUGUACGAAGGGCAGUUCGUAAACAGCACUUGUUCUUUUAAUAAAAGAAUGUUUUACAAAAAAAAAAAAAAA